AAUUCCCAGUUCUGUUUUUUGUUGAUGGCCACAAGUCGCACACAGCGUUUGCUGCUGCAGAGGCGUGCCAAGAGCUGGGGAUUGUGCUCAUUGCAUUAUAUCCGAACUCAACCAGAAUUAUUCAACCUGCGGACGUGGCGAUUUUUGGCCCUCUAAAGCAGUCCUGGCGCAAAAUUGUCGAACAACGGCCACCCAAUGAUCCACUGACCACCCGCAAUUUCGCAGCAAACCUCGAAGCAGCCAUGAACGAAUCAAUCAAAGAGCAAACCAUCAAAAAGUCAUUUGUCGUCACUGGAAUCCAUCCGUUUAAUGAGAACGCCCCAAACUACACGAAGUGUUUGGCAAAAUCUGCUAGCGCUGCAAAUAACCAGCGAAUCUCCACAUCCGAUCGUGCGCUUGGUGCAACAUCGUCGUAUCGCUCGGAGGCUGGAGCAGGAUCUGCUACGUUCUCGGGUGGCGUCGACUUGUCCGACACGAUCUUCACCUCAACCACUCCGGGCAUCGCCACACCAGCACCAGCGUAUCGCUCGACGGCUGGAGCAGGAUCUGCUACGUUCUCGGGUGGCGUCGACUUGUCCGACACGAUCUUCACCUCAACCACUCCGGGCAUCGCCACACCAGCACCAGCGUAUCGCUCGACGGCUGGAGCAGGAUCUGCUACGUUCUCGGGUGGCGUCGACUUGUCCGACACGAUCUUCACCUCAACCACUCCGGGCAUCGCCACAACAGCACCAGCGUAUCGCUCGACGGCUGGAGCAAGAUCUGCCACGUUCUCGGGUGGCGUCGACUUGUCCGACACGAUCUUCACCUCGACCACUCCGGGCAUCGCCACACCAGCUCGCCCUCUUGGCACAACGUGGUCGUAUCACGCGGCGGACGGAGUAGAAUCUCCCACGUUCUCGGGUGGCGUCGACUUGUCCGACACGAUCUUCACCUCAACCACUCCGGGCAUCGCCACAACAGCACCAGCGUAUCGCUCGACGGCUGGAGCAGGAUCUGCCACGUUCUCGGGUGGCGUCGGCUAUUCCGACACGAUCUUGGCACAGCGUCGAAUCGCUCGACGGGUGGAGUAGGAGGAUCGUUCUCG